GAUGGCUAUUGUUCGUGACAUUGCAAGCCCGGACCAGAGCGAGUAAGUUGCUGUGCUCACUCGUUUGGGUGUAUUAAAGUUGCUUUGCACCUGAACUGACAUGGUGAAAUUUGUUCCUUGUAUCGCAGCACCUUUUUCCCGUUUACGCGCCACUUUUCUUGGUUCGACAGUCACUCGUUUGCCAGCGGUGUGUACACCCUCGACGGCGGCAAGUCCCAGGAGAGUGUGAGUGAAGCCGUUAACGCCUACUACGGCGUGUACCUGGUGGGCAAGUCCUUCAAGGUGCCGGAGGUGGAGCGCAUGGGACAUCUUCUGCUCGCUAUGGAGAUCCGUGGUGCGCAGACGUACUGGCAGAUGCCGUCCAGCUCGAACAUUUAUGAGCCGAUCUACACUGCCAACAAGAUGACGGGGCAAGUGGCCGCGACGAAGGUGUCGUACACGACGUGGUUCGGACCUGAGAUUGAGCACAUGCAUCUGAUCAACAUGAUCCCGUUCACGCCCAUCACGGAUGCGUUUUUGAAGCCCGCGUACGUCCAGGAGGAGUACCCAAUUUUGCAGCAGCAGGCGUUCGGCCGUGUGGAAGACCCGAUGGAGGACCGCUGGAAGGGCUACGCGUACCUGGACCUGGCCAUCAUUGACCCCACCACCGCGUGGACAAAGGUUCAGAACAUGACCUUCUUCGACGACGGCAGCUCGCGGACCAACUCGCUGUACUGGAUCGCCACGCGCCCGACGAACUGAGGUGGUGGCUGACAGAGACUAAAAUGAUUUUUGGAGCGGCUCGUGCCAUCACUGCCAGCAUUAGAUACUAGUAUUGUGAAUUCUGGCCAAUAUUGCCGAUUCGGGUCGCUUUACCAUAUGGGUUGAAAUCGCUGAAUACAAAUUUCAAGUCUUGGAAUCGACUGAGCGACUUCUUAUUUCGUACUUUAUUGCGUACAUAGUAAACUCAAGUCAGAUCAAAAUCUCGGGCGGUUGCUGGCGAUUUGGCUCGGUCGAUUCAAUCAAUCGACUUCGGAAAGUUCGACUAGAACGCGCAAUAGUAAUUGAGGGCAAUGAAAACGCAGUUCAUCGUUUUCGUGUCUUUCGUGGCAUGCGCUCUUCAUCUUGGACUCGCCAUCAUAAUCAUUGCGAAAAACGCUGGCGGCGCCGUCGCCACGACAUACACACGUUGAAUCCCAUGUACAUGACAGAACUGCAUUUCAGCUUCCGACUGCAACUUCAGGAUCCGACUUCACAGACCGCGACAGCAUCGAGGAGAGUUUUGGUCAUAACUUUUUCGUUUUUGGUCCGUUCUAUUUCAGACUUUCAGGGUCGCUUUGGAUCGCCUUUUCGAUUGUAUGCCAAAAACAGCAGAAAACAGCACACCAAAGAACGGCUCGGGCUAUUUUGUCGCCUAACCGCAUCAUUGUUUUGGCCAAUCACGAAAUCGAAUUUUGACUGUAUUUGUACUUACCCUGUCCAAACGGAUGGUCUAAUUAUAUCGUGAAACACAGGCUUGAUUGGUACUAUACUUAGCCUAAGAUUAUUUCGGGCCAAACGUUUUGCUUGUUUUCAAUAAAACCAAGACGUGCCAUGCGUGGCGAGACCCAUGCUCGAACUUAGGAGACGAAAUGGAAUCGAUUGGUACCAUAAAAUAUAGGGGGUAGAAAAUUCUCCUCGAUGGUGUAUACGACAAAACAAAGAUACUUUCUUGAUCAGCGAGAAGUAUGCAUUAAGCACAGCGAAACGCAGCAGCAUAUGAAGGCACCAGCAUUCUUGGUGUUGGCCACAAGUUCAAUACAUGGUCGUUACUACAGCUUACGCUCUUGUCAGAAUGUUGGCGCAGCACUUUGGCAUCAGCACAAAUAAGUUGAGCUAUACAAGGCGGAAAAGGUGGAAACGGACAAGUUUGGCCGCCGCUUGGGAAGGAGCGAGUCGUUUCUAUAGUUGCAGAGAUCUCCAAACAAAAGGACGCCGACGCCUCUGCCCAUUCACAAUUCUCCUCCCAAGCCCAAGCCCAGCAGCGUCUUCGGAACCCGAGUAAGCUUCAUCACCCAGCUUCCUCGUAGCUUCUCCAGCCGCGCGUCGACUCCAGAGUACCCUUCUCCACCCCCACUCAACCCCCUCAAGAUGCGUGAAGUCAUCUCCAUCCACCUCGGCCAGGGCGGCAUCCAGACGGGCAACGCCUGCUGGGAGCUCUACUGCCUCGAGCACGGCAUCCAGCCCGACGGCCAAAUGCCCAGCGACAAGACCAUCGGCGGCGGAGACGACGCCUUCAACACCUUCUUCUCCGAGACCGGCGCCGGCAAGCACGUGCCUCGCGCCGUGCUCGUCGACCUGGAGCCCAGCGUCUGCGACGAAGUGCGCACCGGCACGUACCGCCAGCUCUACCACCCGGAGCAGAUCAUCUCCGGCAAGGAGGACGCCGCCAACAACUACGCGCGUGGCCACUAUACCAUCGGCAAGGAGAUCGUCGACCUGGUGCUCGACCGCAUCCGUAAGCUGGCCGAUAACUGCACGGGUCUGCAGGGUUUCCUGGUCUUCAACGCCGUGGGCGGCGGCACCGGCUCGGGUCUGGGUGCUCUGCUGCUCGAGCGUCUGUCCGUCGACUACGGCCGCAAGAGUAAGCUCGGCUUCACCAUCUACCCGUCGCCGCAGGUGUCGACGGCCGUCGUGGAGCCGUACAACUCGGUGCUGUCCACGCACUCGCUGCUGGAGCACACUGAUGUCGCCGUGAUGCUGGACAACGAGGCCAUCUACGACAUUUGCCGCCGCUCGCUGGACAUCGAGCGCCCGACGUACACGAACCUGAACCGCCUGAUCGCGCAGGUGAUCUCGUCGCUGACGGCGUCGCUGCGCUUCGACGGUGCGCUGAACGUCGAUGUGACCGAGUUCCAAACGAACCUGGUGCCGUACCCGCGCAUCCACUUCAUGCUGAGCUCGUACGCGCCCGUGAUCUCGGCCGAGAAGGCGUACCACGAGCAGCUGUCGGUGGCCGAGAUCACCAACAGCGCGUUCGAGCCGGCGUCCAUGAUGGCCAAGUGCGACCCUCGCCACGGCAAGUACAUGGCGGCGUGUCUGAUGUACCGCGGCGACGUCGUCCCCAAGGACGUGAACGCGGCCGUGGCCACCAUCAAGACGAAGCGCACGAUCCAGUUCGUGGACUGGUGUCCGACGGGCUUCAAGUGCGGCAUCAACUACCAGCCGCCGACGGUGGUGCCUGGCGGUGAUCUGGCCCGCGUGCAGCGCGCCGUGUGCAUGAUCUCCAACACGAGCGCCAUCGCCGAGGUGUUCUCGCGCAUCGACCACAAGUUCGACCUGAUGUACGCCAAGCGUGCGUUCGUGCACUGGUACGUCGGUGAGGGUAUGGAGGAAGGUGAGUUCUCGGAGGCUCGUGAGGAUCUUGCGGCUCUGGAGAAGGACUACGAGGAGGUGUCGGCCGAGACCGCUGAGGGCGAGGGCGAGGAGGAGGAGCUCGGCGAAGAGUACUAAAGUCACCUAGCCCGAUUGAUAGCCGUAGCCAAGUAAGUAGGAACGCAUCUGCUUGCUAUUAUAAUGCGUCGUCCAGCUAGUUAGCCGGUAGAGCAAUUCAUACAUAUCAAGAUCUCAAUUUGCCAAUUCGUUCUCACAACUUCAGUUUUGAAGUUGCACCGUUGCGGGACGAAUCCAACGCCAGCAACGGACCACCCUCGUGUAGCGAAACCGAGCGUGCAGCUCCGAUGGUAUCAGGCAGAUAGAAGUGCAUCGAAUCUUCAAUCGGCAGUGAAGACCCCUGCUGUGGCCCGGUGUCUGGUCCUCACCAGGCGUCGCAGAGCCUGCUCCAAGCCUCGCACGCGCGAAACGGAAAACGGACGGCCACGAUUGCUGGGAUCUUAUGAGCUGCAUUUCGCCGCUUCAACUUGGCAUAGAGAGACCAAGAUAAAUUAACGGCCAGCCACUUCAACGUCAGUCGCACCCUUUCGCGUUAAUCGCUGCGCUCCACACAAAAAUAAAGGAGCAUCACACGUGUCCGCAGCGAUCCAACGCCAUCCCAGCAGAAGAGCGAAGUGAGAUUUGCAAGCGCGCCUGCCAAGAACGAGCUUUCAGUCUCCAAUUUGCCGACGCCGAGCCGGAAGGAAGCUACGCCGACCCCGACCCGAGCUGCUGCACGUCUUCAAGCAACAUGGAGCCCACCGCCUACGGAACGAGUUCCCUGGCGGUCGACGAGCGACUGGCCAACCAAAUGGCCUCCAAGCGCCACACCUUCGUCAAGUGGGGAGUCUUUGGCCUGGCGACGUGUGGCAUCUGCAGCACACUGGCGUUGCUGGGCACCAGCUCGAUCCACGACGACGCAGUCGCUGCGACGCUGAGAUCCACGACAAGCGUGUUCAAGAACGCGGCGCCGGCGGUGGAUGCCGAGGUCGCGUGCUUCCAGAGCUCGUAUAUUGACAACGUCACCCGCAUGAUGGAGCCCGUCACUGGGUUGAAGUGGAAGCGUGGGGCUCAGAAGAACUCCAAGUCGCACAUUGCGGUGGACCUGGAGGCCAAGUUCCAGGAGAUUAUGGGCUUCGGAGGCGCGUUCACGGAGGCGGCGGCGCUGCAGUUCCAGAAGCUGCCUCGUCACAAGCAGGAGGAGGUCUUGACGCUCUAUUUUGACCAGGAGCAGGGCAGCGCGUACAAUUUUGGCCGCGUCCCGAUGGGGUCCUGUGACUUUUCGGUCUCCUCUUACAGCUUCGAUGACGUGCUGAACGACACACAGCUGCUGUACUUUGACAUGAGCGUCAAGCACGAUCA